ACUCUGGAACUACACUCGAUUGCUAAUUGCUCCCAAACGUACCCAAUCUUUUGUGGAUCUAAAAUCCAAAAUCAAAUCCUCUCUCUUCCUCUUCAAAUCUCAAGAAACAAUUAAUUUAACUCAGUAUCUUGAUUGUAAGGUGACAUCAUUCUGAAAGUAAAUCUCAAAUAAUAAUUGUUUUAAUACUAAACAAAAAGUUAGUGAUAGUUAAUUAAUUGUUGGACCACUCAACAAUUUGCAAAAACAAUAAAAUAAAAAAAUGAAAGCUUUCUAAUUAUGGUAAUCUCCAUCUCAGCGACAAACUACUUAUCUCUUUCAUGUUCGGUGUCUCCUAUUCUCAAUGAAUUUCUUAGCCUUGUUUUCUUUUCUUUUUUGAAAAAGAAAAACAUUCAGAUUUCUCUGCUCUUUCCCUCAUUUUCUUUAAUCACUUUCUCACUCUAGAUUCUUUUUGGCUUCUUGUUUAUUGAAUAGUAGCAGAUUUCCGAGGAAAAGUUGAAAAGAUCUACUCUUUCAGUGAAUUGCGGCAGCUUUGGAGAUUGCAAAAUUUGGGUGUCAUCAUCUAUGUUGAGGUUCUGUGUGCGCUAUAUGUAGGACUGAACAGAAGUGAGAUCUUGCGCUGUUAAGCUACUUCACUCUAUGAAAGGCAAAGUUGAGUUCUUUUGUCACAGAAUUUCCUUGGAAGAAAAUAUAGGGAAGUGAAAUUUUUAUGGAUAUGUGGAUGAGAUUUGUGUGUAUUCAUAAACAAAUGAGAGAGAAUAUUGGGCAGAAUUGCUCAAGAUACUUCUCUGACAUUUAGAGGGUUGGGAGAGAGUUUCUUUUCUUUGGUUAGAUAAACUAGAAUGGAAAGCCCCUUCUCAUCGAAAGAAAAGGGGAUUAAUUAUUGGGGUUCACCUAGAGCACAGGUGGAUGGAAUGGCUCAGUUGACUGGUGGUACCAGGAAUUUGAUCUCGGAGGAGGAUGUAUUCAACCAUUUCUCAGAGCUCAUGAAUUUCGAUACAUAUGCUGGUUGGUGCAACAGCCCAUCAGCGGCAGACCAGAUGUCUGCCUUUUAUGGAUUGUUGCCUUUCCAGUCAACAGCCUAUGCAUCUUUUGAUGCGUUAAAUGUUUCAGAACCGAAUUCGACCUUUUCUGUCAGUGGUGAUGCAUCUAGUACUGCUGGGGCUUCUUACAGUUGUGGAGACAAAUUUCAGCAAGCAAAUUUCCAAGUCAUUUGUCACUCGGAUGCAAUGAACACUGAUGACCUGGGUACAAAGCAGAUUAAUGGAACUCAGCGACAGAGCAACUUAUCUGAUAUCGCGAACCGUAUGAUCUCACAACCAGUUGGAUUGUCACUUGAUGAAAAGAUGCUAAGGGCAUUAUCCUUGUUGAAAGAAUCAUCUGGUGGGGGCAUUUUGGCACAAGUUUGGAUCCCAAUACAGCAUGGAGAUCAGUAUAUCAUGACCACUUUUGAGCAACCGUACUUACUCGACCAAAGUCUAGCAGGGUAUCGUGAAGUGUCGAGGACGUAUACCUUCUCUGCAGAAGUGAAACCUGGGCUUCCUCUCGGGCUUCCUGGCCGUGUAUUCAUUUCUAAAGUUCCAGAAUGGACUUCGAACGUAGCUUAUUAUAGCAAUGCUGAGUACUUGCGGGUAAAGCAUGCGCUUCAUCAUAGAGUCCAAGGUUCUAUUGCCUUGCCUGUCUUUCAGCCUCCUGAGAUGUCCUGCUGCGCUGUACUGGAACUUGUCACAGUUAAGGAGAAACCUGAUUUUGAUUCAGAGAUGGAAAGUGUUUGCCUUGCACUCCAGACUGUAAAUUUAAGAAGCACUGCACCACCUCGACUUCUUCCUCAGAGCCUCUCAAGGAAUCAAAAAGCUGCCCUAGCUGAAAUAUCUGAUGUUUUACGAGCUGUAUGCCAUGCACAUAGAUUGCCGCUUGCUCUAACAUGGGUUCCUUGCAAUUAUGCGGAGGGAACCGUUGAUGAAAUUAUAAAAGUACGUGUUAGGGAUGGUAAUUCAAGGCCUGCUGAGAAAUCUGUUCUUUGUAUUUGGCGUCAAGCUUGUUAUGUGAAGGAUGGAAAGAUGGAAGGUUUCGUGCAUGCUUGUUCAGAACAUUGUAUCGAGGAAGGACAAGGUAUAGCUGGAAAAGCGCUUCAAUCAAAUCACCCUUUCUUUUUCCCUGACGUGAAGGCAUAUGACAUAACCGAGUAUCCGCUUGUUCAUCAUGCACGCAAGUAUGGCCUUAAUGCUGCAGUUGCAAUCAGGCUAAGAAGCACUUAUACUGGUGAUGAUGAUUACAUAUUAGAGUUCUUUCUCCCGGUCAAUAUAAAGGGUAGCUCGGAACAGCAACUCUUGUUGAACAAUCUCUCAGGUACCAUGCAGAAAAUCUGUAUAAGUUUGAGAACAGUUUCAGAUGCAGACUUAGGCGGACGAGAAACUUUCAAAGUUAAUUUUCAGAAAGGAGCAGUACCAAGUUUCCCACCAAUGUCAGCUUCAAUAAGUUCUCAAACAACACUAUCUGAAGCCAACUUGAAUUCAACUGACAAGAUACCUCUUGAUGCAUCUAGUUCCAGAAAUGAUGGAGCGGAAUCAGAUGGUCCUCAUGAACAGGUGAUGAGUGCAUCAAGAAGACAGCUAGAGAAGAAGAGGAGUACGGCAGAGAAAAAUGUGAGCUUGAGUGUUCUUCAGCAAUACUUUGCAGGAAGUCUCAAAAAUGCUGCCAAAAGCAUUGGCGUUUGUCCGACAACACUGAAAAGGAUAUGCAGACAACAUGGUAUCUCCAGAUGGCCAUCCCGUAAGAUAAAUAAGGUGAACAGGUCACUAAGAAAAAUACAGACUGUACUUGACUCUGUUCAGGGUGUGGAAGGAGGACUAAAAUUUGACCCUACCACUGGGGGAUUUGUGGCAGCGGGCUCCAUAAUACAGGAGUUUGAUCCUAAACAAAGUUUUCCUUCUUCUGACAAAAAUUGUGCAGCUAGAAAUUCUGAAAAUGCCACUGUGGAUGCAGUUUCUGUACCUCCAGCUCCUUGUACUGAUGGCGGCAAUUCCACAGUUAAAGUUGAAGAGGAUGACUGCUUUAUAGAUACAUGUGCAGGAUUAUUAAUGAAAUCUAGCAUUCCCAUGAAUGCGUGCAGUGAAGAUUCCAAGUCGGUUGCAACUGAUGCUGAAAUGUUUCAAGAGGCUAGCCUUGGCUCUGGACCUUGGGCUUGCCUGGAAAAUACCCCUACAUUUGUGAAAGGAGGCAAGUGGGGUCUGGACAAGGGUAGCAUGAAAUUAGACAAUUCAGGCACUCAAUUUGUGUCUAGAAGCUCAUGCUCCUUAGCUGCUGGUGAUGAAUUGGAUACCAAAAUAGAGGGCGAAGAUGGAAUUGUAGAGCAUAACCAGCCUGCUUGCUCAAGCAUGACCGACUCUUCAAAUGGCUCUGGUUCGAUGAUGCAUGGCAGUAUAUCCAGUUCACCAAGCUUUGAGGAGGGGAAGUAUUCGAAAGUCAAAACAAGUUGUGAUGAUAGUGGAUCAAAAAUUACUAUAAAAGCUACAUAUAAAGAAGAUACAAUUAGGUUUAAGUUUGAACCAUCUGCAGGGUGUUUCCAGUUGUAUGAAGAAGUUGCAAAAAGAUUCAAAUUGCAAAAUGGAACAUUCCAGCUCAAAUAUCUGGAUGAUGAAGAAGAGUGGGUGAUGUUGGUGAGCGACUCCGACUUGCAAGAGUGCAUUGAGAUAUUGGAUUACGUUGGAACACGUAGCGUGAAAUUCCUUGUUCGCGAUACGCCUUUUACCAUGGGCAGCUCAGGCAGCAGCAACUGCUUUCUGGGAGGAAGCUCCUAGUCAGUCGUUCAGGUGAUGCUAAAAAACACAGGCAGGCAGUCAUGAUAUUCUGAGUUUUCAUGUUUGUGGCUUCUACUUCAUAAAAGUUGUACCACUAUGAAGGUUAAAAACAGUAGUAGAAUGGGCCAUAGUUUCUUUGUAGAAACUCUGCCAUCAACAUUUUUCAGAGGCAAGCAAAGUGAGGCACUGCUGUUCUCGGGCUGAAUUUAUGGCAUGGCAUACUUCUAAACAAUGAGAUUGAACUGAACUGCAGAUUGUCUGAUUGAUCGAUAAAAUUUCGAGGAUGGAAGAGGAGACGGAAUAUGAAUAUGAAUAUUUAAGGAAAAAUAUGUUCUGUAGCGCAUUAGAAGUUGAAUGUAUAGGUUUGUAUAUUGCUAGUUGUAGCGAAAAGUGGAUGUAGCAGGGGCUCUGUAUUGUAUAGUAACAUACAUAAUUAGUGGUUAUAAGCCGCUUAUUGAUUA